CAAUGGCAGAUAGAACAGGUAGAGCUGACUGGAACCAUCUGUGAGAGCUGGGAUCCAUCCUGUAUGAAGGUCCAGCCCAUGUUCAAAGACAAACAGACUCAGUCAGUGAUUCAGAAGGAACCAUUGACUGGAUGUGAACAGAAAAGCUUCAGUGGAUCAGAGUGAUGGAAUGUCCAUGUUUCCAGCUACUCUGACCCUCCUCCUCCUUUCAGGUUGGAGCCUGCUGGAGUCCAAAUGUUGACACCAGGUCCAUGGAGACAUUUCUGUGAACUCACCCUGGAUCCAAACACAGCGAAUGAAUACUUCGAACUGUCUGAAAACAACAAGAAGGUGGAACGAGUGGAGAAGGAUCAGUCAUAUCCUGAUCAUCAGGACAGAUUUGAGUUCCAUCCUCAGCUGAUGUGUUCAACUGGUCUGACUGGUCGCUGUUACUGGGAGGUCCAGUGGAGUGGAAACGUUUAUAUAUCGGUGACUUACAGAGGAAUCAUGAGGAAAGGAGGCAGUGAAGACUGUUGGUUUGGAGGAAAUGAUCAGUCCUGGAGUCUGGAGUGUUAUGAAGGUGGAUACACUGUCUGGCAUAAAAACAAACGCAGAGACCUCCCUCAGUCCUCCUCCUCCUCCUCCUCCGGUACAGUAUCAGUGUAUGUGGACUGUCCUGCUGGAUGUGUGUCCUUCUACAGAGUCUCCUCUGACAAACUGAUCCACAUCUACACCUUCAAAACCACAUUCACUGAACCACUGUUUGGAGGAUUUGGACUCUAUGAUUCUGGAUCCUCAGUGUGUUUGUGUGGUGUGUAGUUGUGUUGUGUGUCUGUGUACAUGUGUGCUGUACAUGUAUUAAAUCCACCUAGUCUUGAUGGUGGUUCUGUUCAUCUGUUCUAGUCUACAUUUGCGUCUGAUUCCAGUGGUUCCAAAGCCAAUUCCUUGGAGAAUCCAAGGGUGAAGAUCAAACACCACAAACACAACUAGGGACCUGAUACAGAAAGUGGGUUCAACAUACUCUGAGUCUGAUUCUAAACUCUGAGUCUACUUACCCUGAGUUCACAAACUCCAAGUAUCCGGUUCCAGAACAGCGGCUUUGAAUUGGUUCAGUCAACUCUGAGUAAGUUUACCCAGAGUUAGGCGUGUGCACAAACCGCAACAAAAAGCCAUCAUCAAUGGAGCCCUGAUACCUGGAGUCACCAUGGUAACCACUGACAGCAAGAGUACCAGUUAUUUCACUGCACUGGAACAAGAGGUUCUAAUUCACUCGUACGGGGAAUACGAAGGUAUUCAGUAGAAAAGGCAACACUGGUACUGCUGUUAAAGAGAGUGAAGCAUCAUGGGAGAAAACUGAAGCCUGAGUCAAUGUGUAAGUGUGAAUCCACUCAUCCACUGACUGAACACACUAUUGGACUGAAUAAAUGUGUUGGAAAAAAUAAAAUAAAGUAGUUUUUAGGUCCAAUCCCACUGGAGAAAAUCACACAUGAAGGAAACUGAAUAUAAAAUAUAAAAAUGAUUUUUUGCACAAAAGAUUUAACUUUGAUGUUCAUUUCUGUGUUUUCUGUUCCUCUGAAGCUGAAACCAUUGAACAUUUGUUUUUUAAUUGUUCACACAGCAUUUCCUUUUAGGCUGAUAUUCACAGUUGGUUGUCCUUGAAAAUUGAAAAUAUUCCGUCUUUUUCUUUAUGUGAUGACAUUUAUUUUAUGGAUUCAUUAGAUGUAAGCAUCAACAAUAUUGUUAACCUUAUUAAAUUUUUUUUUUUUUUGAUAAAUAUCAUAUUCAUUGUUGUAAGUGGAAAAAAACGAACCCCUUCUUUAAUUUGUUUAUAUGUGAUUUUAUCAAGGAUUACAGAUCUCUACAGUAUAUUAUAAAUGUCCAAAAAAGCCAGAUAACUUUAUUCUAGUUUAUCUAAGUCCUUGCUGUUUUAAUUGUGUCUUGCCUUAGUCCUUUGUGCUCUAUUGUCCUGUCAGAUUUCUUUAUUUCUUUAUUUAUUAUUUAUUUUUCUUUCUGUUUCUCUAUUUUCAUCACACUUCAAAUGUCUUAAUCUUUGUUUAUUUAGUUUCAGAUAUUUGCAUUAGUUCUGUUUCACCAUUCCACCAUGUCUCCUAAUAUAUUUCUAUAAUACUCUUCUGUAAUUUUCCCAUUCUUGAUAUGUAAAUUUGCUUUGUGCCAAAUAAAAAAAAAAAAAAAAAAAAGAAAAACAAAUCUUAGUGGAUCCUCCA